AUGUGGGAGUACGCCUGGCAACAACCGUAUAACUUCGUUCGGCGAUAUUGCGGGAAGAAAUGUGCCCUUGUAGGAGCAUGGAUAUAUUUCCGCUAUGGCUACUUCAAUGAUACCAUUGAACUAUGCCAAAAAUGGAGGAGACGGCUCACCAAUCGGUUUGUCGGUGAUCCACGUCUCCCAAGCACUGUUGAUGUGCUAAUAUUGGGCGGAGGAGUGAUGGGGUUAAGUGCGGCGUGGGCCACCUCAAAGUUGAAUAGGAAAGAUGGAUCUCCGGUAUCAUUCGUUGUAGUGGAAAAGAAUGACUCUACCAUUACGUCCAGUUGGGGCGAAUCUAGGAUACUGCGACUAGCAUAUCCAGAUGAGGUUAAGAUAAGGAUGAUGCAGCGGUGUUUUGCACUAUGGUCGACUCUAGAGGGUAUCGUCAAAGAAGAGCUAAUGCAAUCCAGUCCAUUAUUGACAAUAUACCACGAUAACACAAAGGAUCGCGUUAAGAACCUCACCACAGUUUAUGAUACUCUAGGUAUCCCGUACAGGGAGCUCGGACCUAGAGAAGUAAAGAAGGAGUAUCCGAUGCUUCGAUUGGGGAGAAAUGAUGUGGCCGUAGAACAAGCCGACAGUGCCUGUAUUUAUGCAUCGGAAGCAGUAGAGGCUCUAAAGACAGCAGUUGGGGAGGACAAUAUCGCUGAGGAUAAGGCAGUAUCGAUCAAUGUNNNNCUUGGCUUGAUGAACUACCUCACUACAGCUGAACAGUUCACGUACUAA